CAGUGAUCGUCGUCACUCGCCUACUUUUAAUGCUGGAAAUAAUCGUUGUACGGAAGUGAAUGCAACUGCUUAAACAAUCAUAUGAUUGCAUUGCAUAUUUUGUUUUUAUUUGUGUUCUGUUUUUGUUUUGUUUCUUGCGAAAGUGGAGCACAUUGAGAACAGUGUUUGGCCUAGACAUUUCAUAAUUUUUUUUCCAGAUACAUAACAUAUUUUCAAAAUGAAUAAGUAUCCUCAAAUUUUCUCUCUUAUUUGUAACAUUUGCCUUCUUGCAUCCUUUGCUUAUGGUGAAACGACUGAACCUGAAGUAAACGCUACUUCUGUCACAGAAGAACCAUUUCCGUCUACAACAACAAUAGCGAGCAAUAUUACUUGUGAAAACCAUAACAAUGACUGUAAAGCAUGUGUAGCUUACUCUGAGUGUUUUUAUUGUGGAACCGAUAAUAUAUGUCGGAGAAAGAUAACAGAUGCUAUCACUGGUGAUGAAUGUAGUUUGAAAGAAAUCCACUAUUUAACAUGCAGAGUGAAUUUCCAGUAUAUGUUGAUUGGAAUUGGCAUUUUGAUUCUGGUAGCCUUUUUAAUUAUUACAAUAUUUUGUUGCAUUUGCUGCUGUAGAAGAAAAGGCUUAAAAAUAUCUAAGGCUGAUUUGAAAUGGGCUCGCCAGCGAGAAGAGCGUAAACAAAUACAAAUGGAAAGGAGACAAGAGAGGGCAGAACGCACUGAAGAAAUCCGUAAAAAAUAUGGUCUAGUAAAAGGAUCAAACCCGUACCAAAAAUUUGAUGCCUAAGUGGUUCUUGUAUUUUUAAAGUUUCUUACUGUGAAAUGCAAAUGUGAUGACUAAGAAUUCUUUGAAGUAUUUAUCUUCCAGUUCACUAUGCUAUUUCUUCCAUAUACUCUCUAGCGUAAAAUAUUAACAGUAUUAAUGAUGGUAUAUGCUUGUAAAACAUCACAUCUCUCGUAUUUACCAUCAAAAUAUGUAUUUUUUAAUAUGAUAUACAGUAUUUUUUAGACUGUUUUAAUAUAUUACUCAAGAUAUGUUUAUUACAACUAGUUAGUUUUUGUAAUUUUUGCUACAUUCACAUGUGAUAACUAUAUUAUAGAGGGACAAAUUAGGCGUUGCUUUCAAAUAUAUUUAUUUACUGUAAUGUAUCUUUAAUUAUUAUGUGACUUUUUUAAGUUGCAAAUGUUUUCAAAUUGUGUAUAAAGUCUCAUCCUAAUUAUCUUAAUUAUUUACUUGAACAAUCUUAAUUAUUUACAUAAACAUAUCAAGAUUGUGUAGUAAUUUCGAAAGAUAUCUUACUUUGAUGCUUAGUUAUGUACAUGAUUCUUAACUGUUUAUAAAAAAAUUAUGUUGGUUAUUAUUUUGUUAUUUUAAUUACAAGUAGGAAAUUUUCUCUUUAAUAUUAAUUAAAAAAAUAUUUCAAGAUCAUAAAGUUUUUUAAAAUAAAAGUUACACUUGUUAAUUAUUUCUUUAUAGUUAAAAAAUAUAUUUUGAUUUUAAAUUAAGUUAGCUUAAUAGUUUUUGAACUUUAAAAUUGAGCUUUUCAUCAUAUCAGAGCAGUUUGUUGGAGUUAGUGCAUAAAAUAUGAAUAGCUACAUUUCAUUGUUUCGCUUAUACAAAACAAUAAUGCAAAAAAAAAAUUUGAUUUCUUCCAAAAUACAUCAAAUGUGAAUAAUUUUAACAUGUUUCAGUCAAGUGAUUGAUUUGUUUUUAUUUAAUUUUAAAAUCAUUAAAUGUAUAAUUAUUAACAAACUAUAUAUUAUUCUAAAAUUAAACUAUUGGGAUGUCUUAGGGGUCAAAGUGAAUUUAUGCUAAGAAAUAGUAGUUAAGAACAAAUUAUUUUGGUUUUCUUUAUCAUUCUUUCCUUAAACAUUUUAAUUUGAUUAUAAUGUUAAUAUAUUUAUGACAGAUAUAUAAACUGAUAAUAAUGUUGAUAGAUCCGUAUUUAACAGAAAAAUUCUGAUAAUUUUUAUAAACUACUUGUCAAUUUUCAAUAGCUUUCAUAGGUAGUAUUUCUUUGAAUUUUCUAUAUGCAUCAAAUGAACAAAUUUUUCUGUGAUAUUUUUCAUUGAAAACAUGUUUUAGAUAGUUAAUUAAUAUAAAUGUAAACUGUGCAACUUGAUAACAAUAUAUUUAUUAUGUAAAAUGAUAUUAUUUUGGUAACGACUGCAUAUACACCAAACUAUUUAAGGCUGUGUUUCUUUUAUUUUCAGGUUUUAAGAAUGAUGUGUCAUUAUUUUUUAAUUAUUGAAAAAAGUUAAAAACAGUAUCUGUAAUGAUUGAAAAAUGGAUUGAUAUCUAAACAUAAGUAUUAAUUAAAAUUAAUCGUAUUUUUAAUAUUCUGAAAUACUUUUAAUGCAAUUAAAAUAAUAAAAAUGCAAAUUUAUUAUUAAUGUAGAGCUUAGUUGAUGGUGACCUUUAAAAUUGAUAUUCGAAAUUAGUAUUGAAAGCUGACUUUUUGUUUUUAAUUCUGCUUUUUCUUUGCCUGAUUCAUUCCACUGUGAAUAAAAAAUAUAUGGAGAGAUUAUAAAUAUGUUCAUGUCGCUGAAAUCUUAUUGUUCAGUAAGUUGUAGAGAAUUGCCCUAAAUAUGUAUGUGUGUAUAUUUGAUUGUGUGUAUGUAUAUUUGUGUGUGUGUAUAUAUAUAUAUAUAUUUAUAAAUCAAUCAUCCUUUGAAGUAUUUUUUUUUGGAAAAUCUGUAACAAAAAGAGCUAUUCUUUUUUAAAAUAUAAAAUCAAAACAAAAUUUGAAUUUUUAUUCUUAUAAAUUUUUAAAAAAUCUGAAAUUAAUUGAACUCUAGUUAACAUGUUUAGCCAUAAUUUUUUUUUCUUUUUAUACUUGUGUGUUGUUUUUUUAAUUCCUUUGUAAUGCACAAUAUAUUUUCUCUCACAUUAGAUAUUUAGGUACAAAAUCGGCUGAAUUUUUUUUGGUGAUAAUACUUCUAAGCCUAACUUAUUUGAAAAUUACCCAUUGCAACAGAAUUUAGCGUGCCCCUAUUUGUUGUUGUAAGUUGUAUCAAAUGCUGAAAACAUAAUAAGUUUCUGCUGAAAACUUUUUAUGCAUUACAGUUUCAGAGAUAACUCUGAUGCAUAAAAAGGUUUUAACAAAUGAAGAAAUAAACUGUCAAAAUUUAAAUUGUGUAGCAGAUAAUAAUCAAAUUAAAAUUAUUCUUACACCCAAGACUUCAUUGGAUCACACCAGGAAACAACUGAUAUAUGUAAAAAGAAGUAAAAUAUAUUUUCUUUCCCCCUUUUUUUCUCAAAGUUAAUUUUUUAUGUGUAAUCUUAAAUUGUAUUGGGUAUGAAUUUGGUUUGAUGUAAGAUAAGUGCAAUUCAUUUAAAGUGAACAAAUGUUUUAUUUUUCAGCUUAAUGCAAAAUUUUGGUUUUAAGUUCUUAAGUAAUUUUUUCAAGUAUUGAUUUUAAAAUAUUUUAAGUGUUAGGUGUUUAAAUUUUCUGCAGUAAACACAAUUCUUUUAAGUGUACUUUGUCUCCGCAAAUCGAUUUAAAAUCAAUUAAUUUAUGUGCAGUUUGAUUCAAGUUUCUUGAAGUUAAAUUUUUUUUGUUUAAUAUCUAUUUAGAAUGAUUAAAUUAUGUAGAUUGCGUUAUAUUUAUAUGAAUACAUUAUUUUUUUGAUUGAUUUGACUAGAAUAAUAUUAGCUUUCUGAAUCAGGCUCUAAGUAAGCCUACAUUAAUUAUAUGUAUUGUAAAUAUUGUAUAAUUUCUAUUCUCUAAUAAUACCAUUGCACAUUGAUGUGUAAAUAUUCAUACUUGUCUUGUGUUUCUAAUUUUCUGUUUUCAUUUGAGAGGUUAAAAGUGAGGUAUGUUCUAAAUCAUUGUUAUUAUAAAUUUUUUUUUGUAAUUAAAUAAAAUAUUUUGCUUUCUUUACUUAAUUUUUUGCGUCAAUAAUGCAUAUAUUAUUUAGUAAUGUGUCAUGUAGUUGAAAGGUAUGACAUGUUGUUUUUAGAAAUAACAUGAAGUGUAUUUUUCCACAAAUGUGUAAAAAUAAAUAAAAUAUAUGUGGGCAU